AUGGAUGUGUGCCACAUCUUACUUGGCAGGCCUUGGCAGUAUGAUAGGGAAGCCCAACAUAAUGGAAAGAAGAAUGUCUUUGUUAUCAAGAAGGGGAGAAUAUCUUAUACCCUUACCCCAUUAAAGGAAGAUGAGAGUGCAGUCCAUGAAGGACCUAGUGUAAUGGUGGUGACGAAGAAGGAGUUUAUGAAGAACCUGAAAGAAGAGGAGUGUGGAUACACUAUUGUGGGGAAACCAAUCUCAGAAGCAGCAGAUAAUGACAUCAAGGAAGUCCCUAAAGAGGUGCAGAACCUAAUUGAUAAGUAUGAAGGUAUAGUAGUGAAGGAAUUACCUAAUUCCUUGCCUCCUAUCUGUGAUGUGAGUCAUCAUAUUGACCUAAUCCUUGGUGCAAGUCUUCCCAACAAGGCGGCAUACAAAAUGACACCUCUUGACAAAAUGAGGAGAUCAAGAAGCAGGUCCAAUAAUUGCUUGAUAAAGGCUUGGUGA